AUGGCUUUUGCAGUAAUACAGCAUCCUCCAGGACAAAUAGCGAGGAAAUACAGUUCCUGCUCCACUAUUUUCCUAGAUGAUAGCACAGUCAGUCAACCAAACCUCAAGUAUACAAUUAAAUGUGUAGCUCUCGCAAUAUAUUACCACAUCAAAAACAGGGACCCAGAUGGAAGGAUGCUCUUAGAUAUUUUUGAUGAAAACCUUCACCCUCUUUCGAAAUCCGAAGUGCCACCAGAUUAUGAUAAACACAACCCAGAGCAGAAGCAGAUUUACCGGUUUGUUCGGACACUGUUCAGUGCUGCUCAGCUGACGGCCGAAUGUGCCAUUGUCACCCUGGUAUACCUUGAAAGACUUUUAACAUAUGCAGAGAUAGACAUCUGUCCGGCCAACUGGAAGCGGAUUGUUCUAGGGGCGAUCCUGCUGGCCUCCAAGGUUUGGGAUGACCAGGCUGUGUGGAAUGUGGACUACUGCCAGAUCCUGAAAGACAUCACGGUGGAGGACAUGAAUGAGCUAGAGCGACAGUUUCUUGAAUUGCUCCAGUUCAACAUCAAUGUUCCUUCCAGUGUUUAUGCCAAGUAUUAUUUUGAUCUUCGUUCUCUGGCAGAAGCAAACAACCUGAGCUUUCCCUUGGAGCCCCUGAGCAGGGAGAGGGCUCACAAACUUGAGGCCAUCUCUCGCCUCUGCGAGGACAAGUACAAGGACCUGCGUCGACCCACGAGGAAGCGGUCAGCGAGUGCUGACAAUCUGACUCUGCCGAGGUGGUCCCCCGCCAUCAUCUCCUAACCGUGGGGGUCCCCACUGGAGGCCGUGCCAUCCCUCAGUUUCUCCUUUAGUGUGAGAAAAGACAGACUGGGGGUGGUUUUGUUUUUGUUUUCCUUUCCUUUUUUUUUUUAAUUCAUAGCUCUGUCAGGCUGCCUUGAUGACCGCCUCCAAGCUGUGUGGCCCACUCGCACGCAGCAAGGCCUCGAGGGAAGCGAAGUCAGUAUUCUGGAAAUCCUGUUUCAUGCCCUUCCCCAUCGUCAUUAACAGCACUUCCCUCAUGGAGGAAAAAGACUCUAAUCCUGGAGAAGGAAACAAAGGGAAGGGGAAGUCGUGUAGAGGCAGGGAAAAGGUUAAAUGGCUUGACCAUUUCUUAAGUCCCCGUCUGGUCAGUAGAUGAAUACGAUGGAAAAACACAGAAGUAGGUAACAAAAUUGGAUGUGCGUUAAAGACAAGAGUGCGCGUUUAUCCACCUCCGUCUGGAUCAGUAUGUUCUGUAAGACUUCUUGCAUUCCUUCUAGCUGCUUUUUGGGAUUUGGGGGAUUUUUGUUUGUUUUUAUUCUGUUUUAAAAGGUUUUGGUCCCACAGAGCAGAGAAUAUAGUUUGUAUCCACCAUGGCACAGACAUCCAAAUAAAUAGUACUGGUUGUUUCUCUCUGCACUAUUCCUGUGAGCUGUCUUC